AAAAGAUGUAGCUGACAUGGAGAUCAAACGGCGGAAUUCGCCUGCUUCCACAGAGUGAAUCAGGCUGCGAAUUGCGUGCACAACAUCGACUGGGAUUGGAAAUUUUUCCAUCCAACGCUCCACCUCAUUGAUUCCAUAACGGGUUUGAAAUUCAGAAAAAGGCGCUGAACACCGCUAAAACAUUAAUAACUAUUAGCAAUGGGACUUUCUCAUGAUGGAUAUUUGCAGUGGAGAAUAUAAGUAAAGCAACAAAUGAAUACUUUUUAUGGGGAGACAACCAGUGUGUAAAUCGUCAAGUCAAAGUACGCACAAUCUGAGAGCCAAAGCGUACUCCGUCUGUGGUUCGCCUUAGGGUACACAAGCCUGUCGCCAUGAGUUUAGUUGGAGGGUUUCCCCACCACCCGGUGAUGCAUCAUGACGGCUAUUCCUUCGCUGCCGCAGCUGCUGCCAGUCGCUGUCAUGAAGAACCCCCCUAUUUUCAUGGGUGGCUUAUCAGCCAUCCGGAGAUGUCUCCUCCAGACUACAGUAUGGCACCCUCCUACAGCCCCGAAUACUCGGCGGGAGCCCCCGGGCUCGACCACUCGCACUACGGAGGAGUACCGGGGGCCGGCGCCGUUGGAAUGGGACCCCGACCAGUGAAACGUAGACCCACGGCAAACCGAAAGGAGAGGCGCAGGACUCAGAGCAUCAACAGCGCCUUUGCAGAACUCAGGGAAUGCAUUCCCAACGUGCCCGCGGAUACGAAGCUGUCCAAAAUCAAAACCCUUCGUUUGGCUACCAGUUACAUUGCUUACCUUAUGGACAUUCUGGACAAAGACGAACAGAACGGGGAAGCAGAGGCCUUCAAAGCGGAAUUCAAAAAGACAGACGCCAAAGAAGAAAGGCGAAAGAAAGAAAUGAACGACGUUUUGAAAAAUUCAGGGAGCAGCAAUGACAAGAAAACUAAAGGGAGAACUGGUUGGCCGCAGCAUGUGUGGGCAUUGGAACUGAAACAAUGAGACUAAUGCAAAAGACACGAAAUGAGGCCCUCUGAACUCAUUUUUAGUUGUUCUCUCACUUUAUUUAAUGGAAUAUUUAUGUGCAAUUUCCCGCUACGGACAGUGGAUAUUUGAGGAAAAACCAUUCCAUUUUAGAAGGAGGAUACUCUCUUGGUAAGAGAUUGUGUGUUGCUGUCUGAUAUUGGUUUAUUAUUGUUUGUUUUCUCGUCCCAUUGUGAAUCAAAAUGAGAUAUCUGCCACUAAGGAGUACACGUGAAGUUCUGUCUCAUUCUGUCUCUCUAUCACUUUCAAUAUCUAUCUCUGUCUCUCUCUUCUUUAAUUAUGAGGAAGGUUAGUCGAUGUUAUGAUAUAGUACAUGUUUUAUUUGAAAAUGUCAUGAAGUGUUAUAAUGUUAUUUUGUGGUCGUACAAUGCUGGUGUCUGAAACAACUGUCGAGUCCAUCCAGUGCACUUCCGUCCAGAGACACAAAAUUUAAAUAAUAUUGGAGAUGUAAACAAUGUAAUUAAUUCAAUAAACCACUGUGUUUUUAACAACCUUAAACCUUUUGUUGUAU